GCCAGCCGGUCACCAUGAGGUCCGUCACUCUUUACGCCUUCGCCUUCGUCCUGCUGAACGUCAUUCUGCCCUGCCACGAGGCCGGUGCCUUCUUCCUGACCAGCCUGGCCUUGCUGCCCCUCACGUCCAUCAUCGGUCUCGGUGGCCUCGCCGGACUCAAGCUCGCCAUCGCCAUGAAGCUCCUCGGACACCUUGGCUGGUGGAACGUGAGUCGCUACGGCGUCGGUCUUCGGACGUCCAUCGAGAACGACAAGCUGCCCGAGCCCCUGGGUCCGAUGCCGCCGAAGCCGCAAGGCCUCUUCCACGGACGGACUAUCAAGAUCCCCAUCGCCCUUCUGCCUUACUUCUUCGGCGGCCAUUUCAAGAGCCCAGGGUCCUUCACGCUUCCGGCCAAUGACUUCUCGUUGUUGGCAAGGCAGUCUUUUCACCUGGACGGUCACAAGCUGAAGCUAUCGUCCCAGGGAGACGCUGGAGUCAACGGAGUGAAGGGAUCCUUCGUUCAAGCGCACGGCAAUAUGCAAAGCCCGCUGGUAAACAUCGAUGCGAGAAAAAAGGCAACUCUCAAGGGCAAGCGCAGUGCCGACUCUACCUUCAAAGUCAUAGACGAUGCGUUUUCCAUGGUUCGUGAGAUGGACGUCGACCGAUGCAUCCUCCGCUUGUCCUGCGAAGUGAGCGCCGACCCCCAGGGAUACGGAAAGUACGGGCGGCGCGUGGCUUCGUUCGCAGACUCCAUGGGACCGGUGGGCAACAAGUCUGCUUUCGCCGAGUUCCAGACGGCGUACAGACAGGGAAAAGCCUACGGAAUCGCCGGUUGCAGCAGGGCUUACUCCACGUGCAAGCAUGACCUGCGUGGUCUGGCCUCUCUCAUCGGUGAAGCUUAGCGGCUGUGUAAUAGUAUCUUCAUGUUCUUGCUGUAGACGAGGCAUCCCGGUUUCAUUGUAUAUAGUCAUUUCACCUGAAAUAAAAGUUAGCAAUUGUAA